UAUGUCUUUUCCUAAAUUUUAUAAAAUAUACAUGUUUAAAAACUAGUGACUGUUCGUAUAAACAGAUGUGGAAAAGUGUUCGAAAGAAACUUAAUUUAAAUUAUUUUAUUUUAUUUUUUUCAAUAUGACCUUAGUUUUGAUAUGUGCUGCAGGAUUAGUUGCUUUAUUAUUAUUAUUCAUAUAUUAUUCAUUUUUUAAAAAGGAAGAUUAUUCUGUAGCAGCUCGAGGGGAAAGGGAAUGGGCAAUCCAUUAUCAAAGAAGAUGUGCUUUGAAUGCACGGCAGGAAAGUCAAAGGGAAAUGUAUGAAAUUAUUAGACUUUUACGGGAGUUUGAACAAAGGAAAAUCCAGGAAAGAUAUUUUAAACAAUGUAGCUCUUGUUUACUUUUCGAAGGUCAAGAUGAAAUAAAUGUAACAAUUAAAAAAUGCAAUCACGUUUUUCAUUCAAUAUGCUUUUACCAGCAUAUACUCAGUAAUUAUGCUCGUAAACAGUGCCCAACUUGCAAAGCUCAUAUUGAAUUCGAAGACCUCAUCAUUAAAUCAGUCUUUGAAAAACGUGCAGAAAAGAUCAAAAAGUUUCUAGUCACUAUUUGGAAACAAGACAUACAUAAGUUACGUCGAAAGGAAAGUUGUGCAAUCUGUCUUGAUGGCUUGAUCAAAAGUGAUUGUUCGAGAAUCACAAAAUGUGGUCAUAUGUUCCAUGGAAAAUGCAUCUGGAAAUCUUUAACAAGAUUGAACAAAUGUCCGAUGUGUAUGGAAAUUAUCACUUUUAAUGAUAUUAAAGAUCUAGAUCUUAAUUCUCCUUCUACUUCUUGAUAUCUUAAGCAAAGUAAUAAAUUCAUAUAUUAUA